GUUGUGUCAUCUGAAAAGCGCUAACUGAAGAGAGGGGUUUCAUUGUUGUGAUUUGUGAAAAAACAUGUCUGGACGUGGAAAAGGAGGUAAAGGCUUAGGGAAAGGAGGCGCUAAGCGUCACCGAAAGAUCCUUCGCGACAACAUCCAAGGUAUCACCAAACCAGCCAUCCGUCGUCUUGCUCGCCGUGGCGGUGUCAAGCGGAUCUCUGGCCUGAUCUACGAGGAGACUCGUGGUGUUCUCAAAGUUUUCCUUGAGAACGUGAUCCGUGAUGCUGUGACAUACACCGAGCACGCCAAGAGAAAGACUGUGACAGCCAUGGAUGUUGUGUACGCUCUGAAACGACAAGGCCGUACUCUGUACGGAUUUGGCGGUUAGACUGCUGGUCUGACAACAAAACAAACGGCUCCUUUAGGAGCCACUAUAUAGGAGAAAGUUCUGACCAACAAGACCACUAUGAUCUUUCCUUGGGAAAGUAAUAAACUCGGACAGAAAUUCCGAUUUCCGGGAAAAGACUCUCCGUUAUUUUUCUUUACGAAAUCUUCCCUGACUGUCGCAUAAACAGCUUGCCACGAGCUCGUGACUUCAACGGUACUACCAAGAAUUCACUAAAUGUUCAUUUGUUGAAAUUUCGGAUCAUGUGAUCCUAGAAUCUGUGUAUGCCUCUUAAUUGCCGCUAGGGCUUGUAUCAAAGAUUAAAACAACUGUAUCAAUGCCUAGCGCGAUUUAUUUUCAAGCAGAAAGUACUUGAAUACUAAAGGCCUCUUGGAAGUUUGUCCCUAAAAGAGCAGUUUUCUUUUCUUUCUGUCACAUGCAUGGCUUUUGUUUCUCUUUCGAGUGAACUUUCUUCAGGGUGGAAGUAUGGAAAACAAAUGGGUUGUGAUCUAUGGCAUUAGGCUCCACUGUAUGACUACUAGUCAAUACUAUAAAGCACCUGUUGUGGGAAAGUAAAAGGCUCAAGCUGAACUGUUGAAGAUUUGAA